GUAUCGCAAAACCACCAAACACUAUUUUUCAUUCUUGGCCAAGCAUGUCGACUAUUGAGAGCCAGGCGGACCAGUUCAACGAGGACGAGUACUACGACGAGUUCUCGAGCGAGUCCGACUACGAUGCGCAGAUCGCUGCCGACGACCUUCUCGGGUACACAGAGAACUGGGGCGAGAACGGCGGCGACUUCACCAAGCAGUACAACAAGAUGCGGCAGCAGGUGGUCCAGCAGCGGUCACAGCCAAAACAUACCGUGCCAGCCAAGGCAGCCGCGACGGCCGCGCAGGACGCCGGCAAGGCGGCCAAGCCGAGUAUCAGCGGCAACGUGAAUUUGAAGAGCGUGGAUCUGAGCAAGUACUCGAGCCGCAUCCACCUGGACGAAUUCACGAUGGGCAAGGACGCGAAUUCGGGGAGCCGCAAGGGCCAGGGGGCGGCCAACACGCCGCACAAGGACAAGGCAGACCGGGCGACGACGGAGCAGGUGCUGGACCCGCGCACACGCAUCAUUCUGUUCAAGCUCCUGAACCAGGGCGUGAUCUACGAGAUCAACGGGUGCAUCAGUACGGGAAAGGAGGCCAACGUGUACCACGCGGUAACCGAGUCGGGCGAGCACCGUGCAAUCAAAAUCUACAAGACGUCGAUUCUGAUCUUCAAGGACCGCGACCGCUAUGUGUCGGGCGAGUACCGGUUCCGGCACGGCUAUUCGAGACACAACCCGCGCAAGAUGGUCAAGGUGUGGGCAGAGAAGGAGAUGCGCAAUCUGAAGCGGCUGCACAACGCCGGGAUCCCGUCGCCGAACCCGAUCGUGCUCCGGCAGCACGUGCUGGUUAUGGACUUUUUGGGCUCAGCUGAGGGCUGGGCGUACCCGCGCCUCAAGGACGCCAAGAUCCCGCAGUCGCGGUUCCCGAUGCUCUACCUGCAGCUGGUGCGCGACAUGCGCAUCAUGUACCAUGUGUGCAAGCUCGUGCAUGCCGAUCUGAGCGAGUACAACAUCCUGUACCACGCAAAGCAGCUCUAUAUCAUUGAUGUCUCGCAGUCCGUCGAGCACGACCAUCCGUACGCUCUGGACUUUUUGCGGCACGACUGCAACAACGUGACCGAGUUCUUCCGCAAGCGCGGCAAUGUGCGUACCAUGUCGCUGCGCCGGCUGUUUGAGUUCAUUACUGACCAGGCUACCGGCAACACAAACGAGGAGAUUGAUGCAGAGCUGGAUCGGAUCCAGAGCGAGAUGGCUGAGAUCCCCGAUGAGGAGCUGGCCAAGCUCAGAGCCGACGACGAGGUGUUUAGGCAGUCGUAUAUCCCGCGCACGCUGGAGGAGGUUGUGGACUAUGUGCGUGAUGUGCACAAGAUCAAUGCCGGCGGACAGGAGGAUCUGAUCUAUUCCAAGCUCGAUGCUGUUGAGGAUGCUCCUGCGCAGAAGGAAAAGACGGGCCAAAAAGCGGAUGAUGGCGAGGGGCAAAAGGACGGCGAUGGUGACCACGACGACGAUGAUGAUAAUGACGAUGAUGAUGACGACGACGACGACAACGACAGCGAGUCUGAUGACGAGCCGCACCUAAAGGGCAAAAAGCAUGAGGACAAGGACGCCAAGCGU